UGUGAUUUACGCGGAAUAAAAGUCUGAACGGCGCGCCAUAUUUAUAAGUGACUGAAAGUAAACACUGAUAGGAGGAUGACCUCGGGGGUGUUAAUCUUGGUCUCAUCAACAGUCCACUUUAUUUCAAGUUACACAUCCUGAGAUAACCAGCAAAAUGGCUGCUCCAACCACCACUAUGAAAGCGCUUGUGAAAACGAAGGAAGGCAAGUCUUUUGAGUACCUAGAUGUGCCAAUACCAGAGCCUAGCGGUGACGAAGUUCUUAUCAAAGUGGAUGCGGUGUCUGUCUGUGGUUCUGACAUCAACUUGUAUACCUGGAACCAGGUGGCGCAGGUCAUAGCCUCGAUUCCAUUUACGCCAGGUCACGAGUGUGCAGGGACAGUGGUCAAAUGUGGCCCCGAUGUCAAAGGGGUGGCGGUGGGGGCACGGGUCGGGGUGGAGAACCACUAUUACUGUGGGGAGUGUUACCAGUGUCAACAUGACACCAAGGCCAUAUGCAAGAACAUGGGACAGUUUGGUCACGGCAAGAAGACGCCUUAUGGCGGUUGUUCCGAGUAUACAAUUGUGCCAGCAAAAUAUCUGUACCAAUUGACAAGGAAUAUUGACGCAGACGAGAUUGCAAUGCUGGAGCCGCUAGGUGUCGCUCACAACGCCGUGGAGAGACUUGAAGUCGCGGGAGAAAACGUCCUCGUCAUUGGUUGCGGACCAGUUGGUCUACUGGUUCUUAUGGUCGCGAAGGCUCUCGGGGCAAACAGGGUUGUAUCAGCUGAUAUUGACCAAAGCCGACUUGAUAUGGCAAAGUGCUUUGGAGCAGACGUAAUAGUCAACACAAAGGAUAAAAACCUGAAAGAAUUUGUCAUGGAAUUUACCAAUGGUGACGGAAUGGGCAGGAUCUGUGAGUGUAGCGGCGCCAGCUCAAUGGUCAACUUGACCUUCUCCAUGCUCCGGAAAGGUGGACAGAUGACCUUGGUGGGUCUCCCCAAGGAACCCCUUCAUGUAGAGAAUGUUCUUCAGGACGUCGUGUUCAAAGCGUUAACAUUGAAGACUAUUCAUGGCCGCCAGAUCUAUCACACUUGGGUGGAAACCGAAAAGUUAGUGGCAGACGGUAAAAUUGACGUCAAAAAGGUCAUCACGAGCAGGUUCCCGAUGUCACGGUACGAGGACGCGUUCAAAGCUCUGUUUGAGGGGAAGGACUGUAAGAUAGUGCUCUAUCCCUCCAAGUGAUUGGAGCACACAAGUCACGUGUCAACGUCAUUAAUAAGAGGGACCACGUGACGUAUUUUAUGAUGACGCAAACAAAUAAAAUGAGAGAAUGUUAUAAAAUGUAUUUUCUAUAAUUACUAAUAAAUGAUUACAACUACACAAUAAA